CGCUAGCAGGACUAGCUCGCAGCUCAGCUUCACACUCGGCUCGAAAACCCGUAAAAUUAUGGACCCGAAACAUAAAGAAAUUCUUCGAGUGCAGAGGCUGCGGCUCUCCGAGCAGCUCGUGGUGGACGACACGGUUAUUCAGUACUUGUAUCAGGAGGGUAUUUUAACAGAGAGCCAUGUGGAGGAGAUUCAGUCUCUGCCGUCAAACAAAAGCAAGACUCUGCGGCUGCUCGCUAUCCUGCCCGGCCGCGGCCCUCUCGCCUUCGGCGCCUUCCUCGGCUCCCUCGAGCAGGACUUCCCCUGGGUGCGAGAGAAGCUGCUGCUCAUAUCUGCCGCCACAGACGACAGCGCGACUCUCUCGGACCCCAGCACCGCCUCAGGUCAGUGGGGUGUUCCUGAGCACCUUCUCCACACAAUUCCGUCCAAUCAGCAGCUGAACAGGUUGGCAUCUCGUCUGGGUUCAGAGUGGGAGAUGGUGCUGGUGGACUUGGGCCUAUCGCCGGAGGAGCUCUACCGGUGCCGUGCUGACCAUCCGCACAGUGUUCAGAGUCAGGUGCUAGCAGGCUUGGUGAUGUGGAAGCAAUUGCAGGGACGUGGAGCCACCGUGCAGUGUCUGCUCCAGAGCCUUCAGGCUUCAGAUCUCCAUCCGUCUAUCAUUGACCAGGUGUUCAUCUGAAGCUACAGGAGAGAGAGGGGAGAGAGUGACUACAACCCUCUGCUGUCUUUCUGCCACCUUAUUGCCUCAAACUGUUCCAUGUAUCUGGACACAAGUAUUCCAGGAGAGAUACAUCAUUGCUGUGUUUGUCACUGUUUACAGUAGCUGCGUAAGAGAAGGCCAGAGAUUUACUGCAUUUUGCAGUAGAUACUCUACAGAUUUUAGAGGCCACGUUAGCCUUUAUGCCUUGCCAGACACUGCAGUUAUGUGGACUGCAAGGGCCACCUACUUGAUAAAUAGACACUGAUGCAGGGUCACUUGGAACGUAUCCAUUCCAUGUAUGAUGUUUUAUCACAGUUUAAUACAGAAAUUGUUUUUUUUUAAACUUUUUAAAUUUUAAUUGGCUCUUAUAAUCCCUAUAGUACAUUGGUAUAUAUGAUGGAGACUACCUAUUUUUUUGCAUCUUGAUUAAAGUAAUUUAAGUUUUUAAAUUCUGAUUUUUAUUACCAGAUUUAGAGGUGCUUUAAUGUGUUUGUGGGCUCUGGGUCUGCAGGUGGUCCGUGGGUCUAAUUUAAAUCCAUAAAAUUAGUAUAAUGCAGCACGACACAAGCGUUCCCUCCCCUAUUGUUGUGGACAAGUAAAGCAAGCUUUAGUAAGCCUAGAAAGGGAUAGGUAGGUGGCUGAUAAUCAGCAGAACCAGUGACUGACAUUACCUCACACCAGAUGACACACUGUGUGAAACGAUUGUUUUUAGUGAAGGAGCACCACCGUGAGUGGUCAGCAACUUCCAGCACUGCUCACUAUCUCAGUGCCUCUUCAUCAUCUCUCUAUUACUUACAGAACCAGACCUCAAAAAGCCAUAACAAGCCGCCUGUAGUCUGGAACUGAUACUGAGAAGGGAGUCAGUCUGAUGUGCAAACUGUACUAUUAACCAAAACUGUACGUGUAAGUACAGUAAGUUACAGUGUAAAAUGUGAAGUUAUCCUGAACAUGAGAUGAAUUUGACAUCACGUCACUUUUCUAUGCACAACACAGUAGAGUUUAGUGUAGUGGGUAACACCUCUGCCUUCUACAUUGUAGACUGGGGUUCAAUCCCCACCUGGGUAAGCACCCUACACUCCACCAAAAGAGUCCAUGGGCAAGACUCCUAACACCACCUUCGCCUACCUGUGUAAAAUGGUCAAACUGUAAGUCGCUCUGGAGAAGAGCGUCGGCCAAAUGCCAUAACUGUAAAGUUUACUAUGUAAAACCAUUAACAUCACCAAAACAGCCGAUAUAUCUAAUAUGAGCUAUAGUCUGUAGUUUGAUCAUCUUAAAACACAAAGUGCACAUUAUCCCUUUUUCAUGAAUGCUGCUUGCGGUUCUCUAUUUCUUUGCUGGAAAGUCUUUAUAAUGUCUUUCAAAUAAUAAUUUCAAGAAAUCACCCUUAAUCUUUAUUAGUUACAUAGGAAUAUAGAAGUCAGUGUAAUGCUAAGACUGGAUCUUGUCUAUGAGCAAUAGCUGAUGUUGAUGCCUCAAUUAGUAGUGAACUAAAAUUCUCAUUAUUUUCGGUUAGGGUUUUUCAUAAAAGUCUGCUUUUUUAUGUUUUUUAGCAGGCUGGCUUUAAGCUCUCCCCUCAAGUUUCAAAUGAGAUGCAUCCAACACCACUGCCAAUCAGCAUCCGAGCUAUAAAAAAAAUAAAUAAAUAAAAAACAAUACAGCCAAUUAAAGCCCCUGUAUUCAGCCAUCUGUAACCAGAAUGCCCUUGUUGAUUGGUUUAUGUCAGUAGAUUCUCAAUAAUAUGAUAAAAUGCCUGCCUUGGGUGUUGUUCUCUAAAGGUCCUUAGUCGUAAGGGUUCAAGUAACAUUAAAUGCUAAAAUGCAGCCCAUAUUAUAUUUACAGUGGGGUCUGAAAGUCAGAGACCACAAGUGAAAGUGCUUGUUUUGCUUUCUUUUCUAAUAUGAUGCAUCUUUGAAAAAUUGCAUGCAUUUCUAAACUGAUGACUGUGUAAACUCGAGCGCUGAUGGACCCGAGAACAAGUUUGCACAAAGCCUUAAAGAGUUGAUCAGGUCUACCUGAGAGUCAUCUGAAAAUGUGCUUCAAGAAAAAUAAUAAAACUAAAGAAAAAAUUGACCUUUUUGUACAAAACAUGGCAAAUUGGCUUAAAUCUGAGUAGACGUAGAAAUGACGUCUUCGUUUUGCUUAUAACUUUAAUUUGUUUUACAUUUUUUCAAAAUUCUAAAGCUUUCUUGUUUAUUUCCAGGUUUAAAUGUAAAAAAACAAGCAGAUUUUUGAUGUCUCAGGCUUUUGAACCUGUUCAACAGAAGUAGUUUCAGUGUCAAUCAUUGUAAAUGUGGCGCUCCUCUCUGAUUUUUAUUUAUGUUUCAGUGUUUGCAUAAGGGUGCUGUGCUGUUUGUGAUAUUCCACAGGUCACUUCCCAAUUUCUCACUCAGGUGCGUGUGUGUGUUAGGAAAACAAAACUGAAAUGCCACGACUGGAAUGUGUGCAUGUUGGAAUAAUAAUAAGCUUCCUGGCAGUUGU